AUGCCAGAACAAGGCCCCAGAAUGAACGGUUUCUCUCUGGGCGAGCUGUGCUGGCUGUUCUGCUGCCCGCCCUGCCCCAGCCGCAUCGCUGCCAAGCUGGCCUUCCUGCCCCCGGAGCCCACGUACACCGUGCUGCAGCCCGAGCAGCAGCCGGAGCCCGGGGCGGCGGCCGGGGCGGGCACCCCCACGGGAUCGGGCACCUGCAGCCUGCACCUGAGCGAGCGGGCCGACUGGCAGUAUUCCCAGCGGGAACUGGAUGCCGUGGAAGUGUUCUUCUCCCGCACGGCCCGAGAUAACAGGCUGGGCUGCAUGUUCGUUCGCUGUGCCCCCACUGGCCGGUACACGCUGCUCUUCUCGCACGGUAAUGCUGUGGACCUGGGCCAGAUGUGCAGCUUCUACAUUGGCCUUGGCUCCCGCAUCAACUGCAACGUCUUCUCCUAUGACUACUCCGGCUACGGGGUGAGCACCGGCAAGCCUUCUGAGAAAAACCUGUAUGCAGACAUUGAUGCAGCCUGGCAGGCCCUCAGGACAAGGUAUGGUGUCAGUCCUGAGAACAUUAUCCUGUAUGGCCAGAGCAUUGGUACUGUCCCUACAGUAGACCUGGCAUCUCGGUACGAGUGUGCAGCUGUGAUCCUCCAUUCUCCCCUGAUGUCUGGAUUACGGGUAGCUUUUCCUGACACCAGGAAAACCUAUUGCUUUGAUGCUUUCCCAAGCAUUGACAAGAUCUCUAAAGUGACCUCUCCUGUGCUGGUGAUCCAUGGUACUGAAGAUGAGGUGAUCGAUUUCUCCCAUGGCCUGGCCAUGUACGAGCGAUGUCCACGAGCAGUGGAGCCCCUCUGGGUGGAAGGGGCUGGCCAUAAUGACAUAGAGCUUUAUGCACAGUACUUAGAGAGACUAAAACAGUUCAUAUCUCAUGAACUUCCCAACUCCUGAAGAAGCCUACCUGAUUUUACCUCAGUUACUGUGAACGGAAGAAAUUACCUGGUUUUGCACAUGCUUUAACUGGAUAGCUGUAAUAGCUUUAUACUAUGAAGAAAUACCCUGUCUUGAGGGUGUUCUAAUCAAACAUCUGAUGAAAUUUGUCUUUUCUAUCUGGAAAUGAUUCUACUAAUGCACACAAAUAUGGUCAACUACUGUAAUUCCAACAAUUUUUAGCUUCAUUGCCCUGAAGGAAGUGGGAAUCCUAACUGCUUAUGGGGACACUUUUUACCUAGUGCUGUAUUAAUUGAAGAUCAGUUUUCUCUGUCUCACUUCAUUUAUAAUUCUGUCCUACAAAGACUUUUUCCCUACCGUGUUCUCAGAGUGGAGAACACAACUGUUAUGAGCUACAGCUUGUUCUGAACAAUCAUGGGUUCAGUCUAAGGGAGUACUUUCUCUGUGAAGUUUCUAGCUGUGGUAUUGUAACUGGAAAGUUAUUGUGAUGAAGUUCCCCCUCCUCCCUUCUAGUGUUCUUUUGUUAACUUACUGAUCUUCCCAAGUAAAUUAUUUAAAUAUACUUCUACCUGAAAAUAAACAAACUACUAUAUGGGGCUAAACUCUGUAACGACCUCUCCAUUACUUGUAUAAACAUAACUGGAAUAUUCUUAAAGGAUCUAGGGACAAAACUGCUUUUGUUUAAAAAUAAAUGUGUAAAUUUACUACUAGAUAACUCAUUUUAAUAUUCAGAUUGUCUGAAUAAUAGCCAUAACAGACAUUUCCUUCUGUAAAGCAUUCCUGUAGACUUUUUAAAAGUACUGUACAUAUUUGAAUUUACAUUGUGCAUAGAUUCUUAAUUGGUAGUUUUAAUUUAAGUCUAGUUACAAUAAACUGCAAAAUUCUGGUUUGUAUAUGAUUGAAUACAUUUUGUUAAAAUAUGUUUUUAUCCCUAUAUUAUUUUGCUAUUAAAGUUUUAUAAAGUUUCCAGGACAAAAAAAAAUUUACACAUUUAUGUUUUGAUGAAUUAUGUAACUAAAUUUUCAUUGAGCUGAUCUUUUUAGUUUAGAAGUAAUUUGAUUCUUUGACACUGGAAUCGCACAGAUUAUGCAUCAGAAAUGCAAAACACUUAAAAAUUGUUAACACUACUAGGAUAGGUCUAAUUUUUCCAAAUUUAAAGGCCUUAAAUGUACUGUAAGCCUCAGAUUGUUGUAUAAAUUGAUCGCGAUUGA